AUGGACGGCGCUGCUGUGUUUGCUGCCAUUGCUCCCGUGUUCAUAGCUCAGUACAAUGGAAUCAGCCUGACAUUCGGAGAUGUAAUAAUCAUAAGUUUUACAGCUAUCCUAAGCAGUAUAGGAUCUGCUGCUGUACCUGGUGCUGGUUUUGCGGUCUUGUUGCUUGUCCUAAAAUCUAUUGGUCUCCCGGAUCAGGGCAUCUCUUUCUUGGUCGCCGUUGACUGGUUGAUGGAUCGUUUCCGCACAAUGGUAAAUGUUGCAAGUGAUUGUCUGGUCGUAGGAGUUGUCUCCCAUUACACGAAGCUCCCGCCACGUGACACAUCGGAGACACAAAGUGAGCCCCUACGGCAGGAGCAGGAGAUGCUGGAGAGUGACCUGGUGUGAAACACAAAGCAUCUCCUUACACGUUUAAAUUGCAUUCAUUCAGAACCGUGCACGACCCAUUUAUUACUCCUCAAUAUAUUUUCUUUCAACGCACUUAUAUACAGAUUUAUUUACCUGUGGGUGGAGAUUUGUUCUUAUGUCUUUAUUCUUUCUGAUCAUAUCUGAAUAUUGAACUUUCUGACUUUCUGCGAUUAGUAUAUGUGAUUUGUCAUCAUACGUCAAAAUUAAUUUGACUUUGAGUUUGAAUUAAUAUGUGUUAAUUUUUUCUGCUCAUUCGUUUUUCAAAUAUUCAAUUGCAAAACUAAGGGCACGAGCAACGUACAUGUAAUACACAACAAAAUACAGGUUUGUGUAGUCAGGAGCAAUGCCUUUAGGUCGUACCCAGGCAA